AUGGAUAAUAUUGUUUUUCAUCCAACAGAAUCACAUGUUAUUGGAAUAUUAGAUUGGGAACUUUCCACAAUUGGUCACCCAUUAUCAGACUUAGCAAAUUUAUUGAUGCAGUUUUAUGUAUCUGAAAAUGCUGUAAAACCUUUAAUUGGAUUAAAGGAUGCACCUAAUUUACUUAUCCCUUCAGCAGAUGAAUUAAUAUAUGAAUAUUGUAUUAAAACAAAAAGAAAAUUUCCAAUACCAAACUUUGAGUAUGCCAUAGUGUUUUCAUUUUUUAGAUUGGCAGUAAUCACACAAGGUAUUGCUGCAUGUAUUGCACAUAAACAAGCUAGUUCUAGUGAAGCACAAAAUUAUGCUAGAAUGUUUAAACCUAUAAGAGGAAUUGGUGGCACAACUUAUUGGGAGGAAGCAUUUACAAACUUUGAAGGUGUUGAUGGGAAUAAUGAAAUUCAGGUGUUAUACAAACCAGAAGGUGCAUCAGCCUGUCUAUUUGGUGGUGACAAGUUUUGGGACACUGUCAAGAGAGUUCUACAGGGUGGUGGUCUCCACAUUGUUGCUUUUGCAUCCUAUGGAUAUUGGGGAGCAUAUAGUGGACCAGGCCAUCUUAAAACUAUAUCUCCUUUUGACUUAGAUGAAAUUAAUACUUGGAAUUUUGAAGAUGUUCAGUAUUCUGAACAAGAUGCAGUUGCAGACCAUCUGAUCAAAACAAAUGUUCUUUCAGACUUCCAUCAAGAAUAUUAUUUGAGAAACAGGAAACUUGACUUCACAUCACCACUAGUCCAUGUAGCUUAUCUUCAGGAACAUCUUGGAUCUAGAACCCAUGUACACACUUUACCAUAUCCUUUUGAAGAUUUUAUCAAGAAGGUGUUUGAAUUAAUGAGCCCAGAGACUUUCAAGAAAACCCUUUGUGUGGGUAAUGAUGGUCAACUGCUGGAGAGGGCAUGGCAAAUGGAGUUUUACCAUGCAGCAAGACAACUGCUUCCAAAAAAUGUACAUAUCUCUCCAGAUGUUGGUGCUGUUUUUGCUUCAGAGGGCUGGGUGGACUUUUAUGUUGAUGGUAAACAUGAUUGGAUGAUAGAGCUAGUUUGA